GGCGGGGGCACUCCCUGACUCAAAACUGAGUGACGAGCCAGCGCCGUUUCCUCCAGCCAGCCCCGUUCGACAUGUGUGUCAUACACCCAGACUCAUGAUUCAUCUCCUGAACUGUUCAAAACCUCCAGCCGCCCCAGAGCUGCUCUCCAUCGCUCACGGUGGGGCUGGUCCAAGCAGCCCCCCCCGGUUCGGGGCUUGGAGAAGAAGAUGGGAAAACUCUACGUGGCUCUCGGGAUCCUCAUGCUCUGCGUCGCUGGUGGCUGGGGGGUUAACAUCUGCACCACCCGUGGGGUGAACUCCUGCAAGCAGUGCCUGGCCGUGAGCCCACUCUGUGCCUGGUGCUCCGCAGAGGUCUUGGCACAAUCGUCCCCUCGCUGUGACCUGCGUGCCAACCUCCUGCAAAACGGCUGCGGGCAGGACUACAUCGAGUUCCCCAUCAGCAGCGUCACCAUCCUGGAGGACCGACCCCUCAGCAGCAAGGGCUCGGGGAGCUCCACCACCACCCAGAUGAGCCCCCAGAAAAUACAGCUGAAUCUGCGGCCGGAUGAUUCCCAGAUCUUUAGUGUCCAAGUGCGUCAAGUGGAAGACUACCCGGUGGACAUCUACUACCUGAUGGACCUGUCCAACUCCAUGAAGGACGAUCUGAGGAACAUCCAGAACCUGGGCACAAAGCUGGCCAGUGAGAUGCGCAAGCUCACCAGCAACCUACGCAUCGGCUUUGGGGCCUUUGUGGACAAGCCCAUUUCCCCCUACAUGUAUAUCUCUCCUCCAGAAGCCGUCACAAACCCUUGCUAUGAGAUUGGGGAAACCUGCCUGCCCAUGUUUGGGUACAAACAUGUCCUGUCACUCACGGAUGAGGUGACCCGCUUCAACGAGGAAGUGCGGAAGCAGAGCGUCUCACGGAACCGCGACGCACCCGAGGGAGGCUUCGAUGCCAUCAUCCAGGCCACCGUGUGCGAUGAGAAAAUCGGCUGGAGGAACGAUGCUUCCCACCUACUCGUCUUCACCACGGAUGCCAAGACCCACAUCGCGCUGGAUGGCAGGCUGGCCGGCAUCGUGCAGCCCAACGACGCCCAGUGCCACAUUGACAAGAAUAAUUUCUACUCUGCCUCCACCACAUUGGACUAUCCCUCUCUGGGCCUGAUGACUGAGAAACUCUCACAGAAGAACAUCAACUUGAUAUUUGCUGUGACAGAUACGGUUGUUGGCCUCUACCAGAACUACAGUGAGCUGAUCCCAGGCACAACCGUGGGCACCUUGUCCAGAGACUCCAGCAAUGUCCUGCAGCUCAUAGUGGACUCCUACGGGAAAAUCCGCUCCAAGGUGGAGCUGGAGGUGCGUGACCUCCCCGAAGAGCUGUCCCUGGCCUUCAAUGCCACCUGCCUCAACAAUGAGGUCAUCCCCGGGCUCAAGUCUUGCAUGGGACUCAAGAUCGGGGACACGGUGAGCUUCAGCAUCGAGGCCAAGGUACGGGGGUGUCCACGGGAGCGGCAGAAAUCCUUCACCAUCAAACCCGUGGGCUUCAAGGACAGUUUGACGGUGGUGGUGAACUUCGACUGCGACUGCUCCUGUGAGAGCCAAGCCGAGGCCAACAGCUCGUCCUGCAGCCGAGGCAACGGCACGCUGGAGUGCGGCGUGUGCCGCUGCAACCCCGGACGCCUGGGCUCGCACUGCGAGUGCUCGGAGGAGGAGUACAACCCCUCGCAGCAGGAUAACUGCAGCCCCCGGCCGGGCCAGCCCCUCUGCAGCCAGCGCGGCGAGUGCAUCUGCGGGCAGUGCGUGUGCCACAGCAGCGACUUCGGGAAGGUGACGGGCAAGUACUGCGAGUGCGACGACUUCUCCUGUGUCCGCUUCAAGGGCCAGAUGUGCUCGGGCCAUGGGCAGUGCAGCUGCGGGGACUGUCUGUGCGACUCAGACUGGACCGGCGACUACUGCAACUGCACCACCCGCACCGACACGUGCAUGUCCAGCAACGGGCUGGUGUGCAGCGGCCACGGCUCCUGCAUCUGCGGCAAGUGCGACUGCACCCAGCCUGGCUCCUACGGCGACACCUGCGAGAAGUGUCCCACGUGCCCGGACGCCUGCACCAUCAAAAAGGAGUGUGUGGAGUGCAAGAAGUUUGAGCGGGGAGUGCAGCAGUCCUGUAGCCGCAGAUGUCGCGACGAAAUCGAGACAGUGCAGGAACUGGGUGACAGGGGCAAGGACGCUGUGAACUGCACCUACAAGGACGAGAAUGACUGUGUGGUGCGGUUUCAGUACUACGAGGACUCCAGCGGCAAGUCCAUCCUCUACGUUAUCGAGGAGCCUGACUGCCCAAAGGGACCAGACGUCCUGGUGGUCCUGCUCUCAGUGACGGGCGCCAUCCUGCUCAUCGGCCUCGCUGCCCUGCUCAUCUGGAAGCUCCUCAUCACCAUCCAUGACCGCCGGGAGUUUGCCCGCUUCGAGGAGGAGAAGGCCAGGGCCAAGUGGGACACGGGCAACAACCCUUUAUAUAAAGAGGCUACGUCUACCUUCACCAACAUCACGUACCGCGGGAACAUGUAAGGAUGCUGCACCCAGCACUGGCCAUGGGAUUAGCCAAGGAUCCGUGGGAUCUUCUGGAGUCCGGUUUACAGAAAAGCUUGUGUGUGUCUCUGUGUGUGAGUGUGUCUGCGUGUAAUUUAACAAUCCCUCGACUGCCUCCGAA